UGACAGUUUAUAAUAUAAAGAUCAUUUAUCAGUAAAAUAUUCUACCUAACUGAUAAGUCAAUCCAGAUAUUAUGAUCUAUUAUCAACAGAAAGAUUAUCUGUGAUCCUAAAAAGAAGAUUAAGCCGAGAUAUGAUAUGUAUUCAUUAUUUGUAUUUCGUAAAAGUGUUUGUGAAUCAGUCAAGAUGCGGUUAAACAAAUUAUUAUUUACUUAUGCUUGUUUUAUUUUCAAAAUAAGAUACGUGGAAAGCUCAGGCGAAAGUGUUUUGUGUACGAAAACUGUGUGUGAUAGGGAAGUGAAAUGCGAACCAGUAUCGGGAAUUUGCAACCACCAGAAUGCAACUCUUAGGGGCAUUUCCUUCCCAUCGCCCACAACAUGCAACUGUUGCGACGACUACUGUUUAGAAUAUUUACAUGAAGGUGAUAGCUGCAGCGCGGGAAAUCCAUCGUCGCAACCUGUGACCAAGAUGUGUGGCCCAGGACUUGCAUGCCAAACACCAUCUGAUGCAGACGAUGAUGGUAUUUGUUCAAGAAUGAUUACCGAUUGUACUAAGAGACAAGAUGAUUACGAUGAAAGAAGGAUGAGUGGUACCCUAGGCUCUAUGGAAUUGAGACAGGAAUGUGAUGGAGAAGGUUUUUUUGAAAGUUACAAAUGCAUUCCUGGGCAAAGUUGUUAUUGCGUUUCGAAGAAUGGGACUAGAAUAUUCGGCGAAACUGAUUUUAUUGGUGUGCCAUCUUUUACUAUGCAAUGUAAAUGCUCCCGAGACUAUGAGGAAGCCCUAUUGAUAACCGGCCAGGAUCUGGGACCACACCAACAUUUCAGAUGCUCGGCAGAUGGCAGCUAUGAUCAGUUGCAAUGUAUUGACGAUAGCUGCUUGUGCGUCAACCCAUUUGAUGGCAGUCCAACUUAUCCUGAAGAUCCUUUGACCGACAUCAGUAAAAUAUCUUCUGAGACACUAGAGUGCUAUUCAGAUUUGAGGUCUGGCGAAUAUUACAAAACCUGUGAAAGGGAGUAUUUGCAAGCUCUGGAGAAAAUGAACUGUCUGCAGAAACAAACAGGGUUUAACGAGAUAUUUAACUACAAUUUUCCGAGAUGCGAUAUAGAUGGAACAUACAAGGCUGUCCAAGAAAAUGCCACACACAAAAUGUGCGUCGACAAGGACAAAACUAUUUUAACAGUUAUCCUCAAAACUGAUCCACUAGCAGAAAAAAUGGAUUGCAAAUGCUUGAGGGCAACUAGCAUAAUUUCCAGUGCUGAAAAGCCAACAUGUAACAAAGAUACAGGCAAUUACGAACCAAUACAAUGCAGAAGAGGAGUUUGCAGAUGUGUUGACAGUGAUGGAAACCAAGUUUGCAACAAGUCGCCGUGUGAAGUUGUCGUCGAAAAAAAGGAUAAACUAAUCUGUUCAUAAAUAUAUUAAAUGCUUUAUGAUUUUUCAAUUAUUUUUUUUCGAAUCGAUGAUCUUUUUUUCAGUACACUAUAUCAACUAAAAAUUCGUAGCAC